CAAAUCACCCAAGAUGUCUUUCAGUGACCAACAGUGCAAGCAACCAUGUGUGCCACCUCCAUGUCUUCAAAAGACCCAAGAAAAGUGCCAGGCACAAGCUGAGGAAGUGUGUGUUCAGGACCCCAGUCAAGACAAAUGUUCACUCCAAGCUCAGGAGGUCUGUGAUCCUCAGUGCCAGGAGAUAAGCCAAGGAAACUGCCCACAGCAAGGCCAAGAUCCAUGCCUACCUCCAAGCCAAGAUCAGUGCCUGCCUCAACGUGCAGAGUCAUGCCAGGAGCUAGCCCAAACCAAAUGUGUGGAGGAAUUCCCUCAGAAGGCCCAGGAGCAGGCUUCAUCCCAGGGCAAGGGAAAGUAGCUGGUCAUACACCACCUGGAGUCAAGAAGAUGACCAGCAGAAGAAAACCCAAGCCCAGUCCCCUCUCUGGUGACCUUCUCCUGUGGGUAUCUCCGUAUAAUACCCCUUCUUGUCUCCUGACUUCCUCAGUAUUUCAGGACUCGGUCUGUACCUCUGAAGAUAGCUCUCUGAUUCUUAUCAACCUCUGUGAAUGAGUCCUCUUAUCUGCAGCCGGUGAAUCAUCUCUAGUCCAGGAGUGGUGGGGCUGUCCAGGGAGACCACCAAAGCCUAACACAGCUCUCUUGGGGCAAAAGUUCAACUAGCCCUUAGGACCCAAUGACCAAGGAUGCCUUCGUCCCUCUUUCAGAGUGCAAGGCUCUCUUUCAAACCUCAAAAGAACCUGUGAUGGCUUCAUGUUGGCUAUCAACACUACAGCAGGUAUUAAGAAGAGGCCGGUGGUGUUACCAACUCAAAUACAGUGUAACUGUUUCUGCAUCCUAACAAAAAAAUGGUUAGACAUUGUAAUGAGGUCUGUGCUUUGUAAAAUUGAAACAAAAUAUUUUGAAAGAUUGAAUUCAAACAGUCAAUAAGGAAACACAAGUGGGAAUCUUGGGACCCUGUCAGUCUUUGGGCUUCAUGAA